UUGAGUAAUAAAAGAAAUAUUAUAUUUGAUUCCAACGGAUUACUAUCAAAGUUUUAUUAAGAACAUUUCUAUGUCACUAAGCAAACAAAUAACAGUAGAACAAAACCUGCUUGAAAUGCAGGGAUUCAAGUAUAGAUAGUCUAACAAUUAAGCCAUAACAAAAGGGAAAGAUGGCUUAGAGAAACUAGACAAUCUUUUCUUAAUCGGUUUUUUUUUAAGAAGUGAUAAGGAGUUAGAACUGUAAGGAGUUAUCAUAAGAAAUCAAGGUAGACUUGCUUCUAUUUUACUUAUGUUUUGGUCUGAAAUUAUGGUUUUCAGGGUGUGAAAAUCGUGGUUAGUAAAAAUGAUAACACAAAGAUUGUGAAUACGGAUAAAUUAUAUCGAGGUAGCCAUGCAUUAAGGUUUGGGCAUAAUCGAACAAUGAAAGUCGAAAAGAUGCUUAGGAAAAAGUGUUUUUUAUCAACGAGAAAUAAGAGUGUGACCAUGAAUUACAUUUACCAUAUCUAAAAUGGUUAACCAUGGUAAAAAGCGCUUUUGAGAAACUAUGCAGUAGCUCUAGGAAACUGCCAGUAACUACUUGUAACCUUCACAAUACUCUGCAAGUCAUGCAUAGACACUGUGCCUUUGAAAACGCAGUUGAAUUUUACUUUCAUUUAAAAUGAUGGAUCAUUUUGUAAAUCGCACUACUUCAAAUUGCAAAAAGCUUCAAUAAAAUCCCAUUAAAGAUAAGCAACUUAGGAUUGAGAAACUUUUACGAGAUAAAUAUACGCUCGGAUAGUGAUGACGCCUUUUUUAAAAAAAUAAGGUGAGAUUAAUUACAGUUUUCAUUGCAUUGUCCGCUUUUAUUAAUUUUGCAUGUUAUUCUCACUUUUGGUGUGACUCUGUAUCAAAUUUUACGCUUAUCGUCAAAAAGCUAUGAUUCUUAAAAGUAUCUGAAGCUAUCACUUCAAAGCUCUUGAAAGUCUUUUACAAUAGAAUAUCUAAAAAUCAUUUUUAUGCUUAUCAUUUUUAAAGAUCAAUGCUAUUCACUCCUACAUCUAUGAGUUUGUAGACAUUAAAGAAUUAGAAAACUAGGCAUUUACUUCAGUUUUGUAACUUUUCACAAAAUUUGUCUUGCAUUUCUCUGAUAGACUCAAAAGUACACUUAUUAUAGGUAGUUUCUAAUCACUUUCUUAGAUACAUUCAUUAUUAUAUCAUAAUAUGUGAAGAAGAAAAAUCAGUAGGUGUCUCAUGAAUCUAUAAACCGAAACUGAAGUGUAUUAAUAAUUUAAGUAGAAAAGAAGGUUAGGAUCAGUGUAAGACUUCUUAAAUCUAGAAAAAAGAUAACAAGGGUAAUGGCUUAUUAUUGUUCUCCUAUUUCAACAUUUUCAAUAUCUCUAUAUCAUGUUUCUAUCAUUUUAACUUUAUCUGAUACCAUGAUAAGUACUUCCUUAUAUGUUUUAAGUAUCAAAGCUACCUGCCUAAUUUGACGCUGAUAACAACUUUCUAGUGGCGAAAGUGUAACUAAGGGCUUACCGUUAAUACUGCAUUACUAUGGCAAUAAAGCUUAGAGAAAAGCAUUUAUUUAUGACGAGCAAAACUGGCAAGACGAAAUAUUGAGGUGCUAUUGGUGCUUGCAUGGAGCAGGGUAGAGCCUUGCAAGAAUAGCGACUAAUCUCUUUGCUAACUUUAAUGUUAGAGUUGAUGCUGUAUCAUUCUAGCAAAGAUUGCAAUGGUUCUGUGACUUCAUCUUCAAAAGUGGAGCUCUUACAACACUAUUGAAGCAGAUCUAUCAAAAGCUGAACAAUAUCCAGGGGAAUUUCUUAAUGGAAGCUUUUUACUGACAUUGACCUCGGAUUAGUUUGCAGCAAACUUUUUAAGAAAUGUAUUUUCUACAAAAGACAAUUGCUGACGGGCUAGCGUUCCUCAUUCUUUGCUCAUCUAUUGGCGUUCUGUUCGCUUUUGAUAAAGUUGAAAAUGAAACCCUAUCUGACAAACACAUCAAUAGCAUAGCAUUUAAAUCAGAACUGCUAAAAAAGCUGGAUACAGCGUUGCGUUACAAAAUCUUUGGUCGUGAAAAUUCAUCACAAGUUCUAGACUUUGAGAUCGUCUUUCCCUACACCGUGGACGGUAAAGGAAAGAAUACAAGCAAGAAAGUACAUAAAGCAGAAUUUGUAUAUCUUCAUUUCAAUGCAUUUGGGGAGGAUUUCAAACUGAAUGUCUCCGCCAACAAAGCUGUAAUUCCAGAGAAUCAAAUGAUAGAGCAUCACAGUGAGGAAGGUGUUGAGAGGCUGAUUGGAAAAGAGGCUACCUAUACGAUUGGGGAAGUCAUGAACAGUGGCGAUUCCCUGGUAGCCUUGGAUCAUUCAGUUGGCAUGAGUGGUAUGAUCUUCAGAGAAAAUCAGUUGUUUGUUAUCGCCCCAGUUCCUAGAAGUAUUCUUGAAGUUCAGGAGCAUGACAAAUCUCAUGGAGCACACAUUUUCUACAAAAAAUCUAACCUCUCUGAUCUCCAAUCGUUGAGGAAUAACUCUAAAAGUUUGAUAGGAACCUUUAAGAGACCUCAAGCCCCGUUUAGCUAUCGUCAAAGGCGAUCAAUUUUUAGGAAUCGACCAGAAAAAACUAUAGAGCUGAUGCUGGUUGGAGAUAAAACAAUGACAGAUUACUAUGGCAAAGACUUCUUGCACACCUAUUUGCUAGCGCAAGGCAACAUGGUUGCUGGGACAUUCCAGGAUAAGUCAUUGUCAUAUCCAGUAACGGUCGUUGUAACAAGAGUUGUUAUGCUAGAGAUAGAUGAGUUCAAAGGAGCACUUUCGACUCCUGAUCUGAUGCACAAGUUUCGAAAGUGGUUUUAUAGAAACAAUCCAGAAGAUGACAACGAUCCCUUACAUGUGGAUAAUGGAAUUCUAUUUUCAAGAGGUGCUUGUGCCGACGGAUGCACUUAUGCAGGCUGGGCAGGUGUUGGCAUUUGUUGGAAACCAACGAGCCAAUCUGCUGUUGUUGACAAGGGUCUUAUGUCGUUUCUGAUUGCCUCCCACGAGCUUGCUCAUAAUCUUGGCGUAACCCACGAUGCUGAUGACCAGAACACUGCAUGUCGAAAUGGAAUAAACCUUAUGUCAUCCGGUACUGGAAAUGGUGGGAGUGGGAUGGUCUGGUCAAAAUGUAGCUCGAAGGCUUUAGAGCUUAAUCUGCUCUCUAGCAGGUCCAAAUGUUAUGAUGACAAGCCAACAAGAACAUUUACAAAUGUAUCUUUCCAGCAUUAUGGUGUUGUUUACAAUGGUGAUCGGCAAUGCGAGCUUGCCUUUGGCAAAGGUUUCAAGCGCUGUCUUUCUCUUGCAGGUACGUGCGAACACCUCUAUUGUAAGAAAGCAAACUCAGUACUGUGCUACCCAACUACUCAUCCAGCGGCACACGGAACCUGGUGUGGAGAAAGACGGUGGUGCAUAUUUGGGGAGUGUGUUAGUGAUGGCACUAAGCCCCCGAAACCGUUGGAUGGUGGUUGGAGCUCAUGGGGUGAAUAUACUAAAUGCAAUCGUAAAUGCGGAGGUGGCAUGCAGUGGAGGAGAAGAAAUUGCACAAACCCAGCGCCACUUCAUGGUGGAAAGAAGUGCAUUGGACUUGAAAAUGGUCAUUUCAAGACAUGCAAUAUGAAACCAUGUCCCCCUGGUGUGCCAUCUUUUAGAGAAGAGCAAUGCCAUGCCAUUGGCUCCGACAAAACACCUAAUCUUAAUCCGGAUUCGCCUUGCACACUGAUCUGUUCCUGGGUCAUCUACGGCAGUACAGCAGAUGGCACUCAGGCAGUUCCAAAUCUACCAGAUACCUGUAUUUCUGGCAAGCAAAAGGAGGUUGGUUGUGAUUUGGAGCUUGAGUCUGGCACAAUAUUGGAUCGAUGUGGUACAUGUGGAGGUGAUGGCUCUGGCUGUGGUCACAUAUCUGGCAAAAAUAUGAAACCUUUCAGGAGCCAAGGAUAUCAUGAGGUAACAAAAAUACCAAAGGGAUCGAAAAACAUAGUGGUUCAAGAAAUGGGAUCAACAUAUCAUUUCCUUGGUGUCAGAGUUGGCAAAAGCAGGUCUUUGCUAUAUUAUCUCCCUCGGUGGUCAACGAGAACAAAAUGUGCUGGAGCAGAUUUGACUUACGUCAUGAACGCCUUUUCGUAUCCUGACAAAAUCAUCAUCAAAGGAGUGAUCCAAGAAGACAUAACAAUCAUCUUCUACAAUCUAUAUCUUAUUGGUUCAAGCAAAGGAGUCAAAUGGACAUACUUUAACUCAAAGAAAGGCACUAAGUCAAAACCAGAAUACUAUAUACGGAAAGGUUGGGGAAAAUGCAGCAAAACAUGUGCAGGAGGCAAACAGGAAAGACUGCUAGGAUGCAGGAGGCAAGAUGAUAAAUCUCCAAUUAGUUUGAAAUACUGCAAAAGUCUAGAAAAGCCAGCGUCAGUCCAGGACUGCAAUAUACAGCCUUGUCCACCAGAAUGGCACGUUCACCCUUGGAGCGAUUGCAGUAAAACGUGUGGGAAGGGAACACGCACACGUGACCACAACUGCGCUGAGUUACGAAGCAAUGAUAAGUACUUUGUCGUCAAGGAUCAAUCAUUGUGCAAAAGCAAGAAAGAGAAACUACCAUUGACAGAGAACUGUAACCAAAUCAAAUGCCCAAGUAUGUGGAAAUCAGGCAACUGGAGCAAGUGUUCUACGAGCUGUGGCAAAGGAUACAUGACCCGUACAGUUGAAUGCAAACGAAUAAAUGAAGAUGGAUCCAUCAAAAUUGUAAACGAGCUGGAAUGCUCUCGUAUGGCUAGGCCGUUUUCAAAAGAAUCGUGCAACGAAGAUGAGCCUUGCUCUGCUUGGCGGAUUGUGUUUGGUGAAUGCUCUAGGCAUUGUGGAGGAGGGCUUCAGUUUCCAAAGAUCGUAUGUAUGGCUGCUGGAGAGAAGGAAAGCAGUGUUCUUUGCUCUCAUGAUGAGAUGCCAGACCUAUUAGCAGUUAAGCCAAAACCCUGCAAUUCAAAGAAAUGUAAAAAAAAGUAUGACUGGAAAUUGCUUGAAGGAACGUGUAGUGUCAGCUGUGGAAACGGAACAAUACCAUUAAAUGUGACAUGCAGAAAGGAAAUCGAUGGCAGCAUCGUUUCUGACAAGCAUUGCAAAAUGUUGCCAAAGCCUCUUUCUUCGAAGCAGUGUUAUGCUGGAGACUGUCCUGUUAUCUACAUUUGGAAGAUAUCAAAAGGUGUCUGCAGUGUCACUUGUGGGUCAGGGACUAUCAAGAAAGAUGUUGAAUGCUACCGAGAAAUCGAUGGAGUUAAGGUCGACCCAUUGAACUGUGACCCAUCUUUAAAGCCUAAGGUUGGUCCAACAGAUAACUGUAAAAUGUUUGAUUGCCCUCCAGUCUACAAUUGGACAGUUUCCUUUAGUGCGUGCAGUACCUCUUGCGGAAAUGGGUUUAAGACUCCGAUUAUUCAGUGCCAAAAGGUGAAUGGCUCAUAUGUUGAAGACAAAUCAAAAUGUACAUCACAAAUUCCAACUGUGGUUCAAAUGAAAUGCAACGAAGGCGAAUGUCCUCCUUCAUAUUCUUACAAACUUUCCUAUGGCGAAUGUAGUGUUACUUGUGGAACAGGUUUCAAAAAGGCUAUAGUGAAAUGUAUAAUGGACAUUACUGGUACAGAAAUGGAGGAGAGUUUCUGUACAGGGAAGAAACCACGUGUCAAGACUAAGAAAUGUGAAAUGCCUGCUUGUCCUCCAUCAUAUCAUUGGGUUCACAGAUAUAGUAUUUGCCCCGCACUAUGUGGAAAAGGAUAUUAUAUGACGAUACUGCAUUGUAAAGAUGACAAAAAUAUGACAGCAAAUUGGGAGAAGUGCAGAGAUAAUUCAGCACCAACUCCGGACAAAAAAACCUGCAAUUCCAACAUACCUUGUGAAAGCGGCAAUAAAAACAUCAAGAAGAAUUAUGUUCCGCUUGGCUGCUUUAAUGAUCAUUCUGGACGAAGACCUGUUCCCUGGUUCAUCAAGGAUUUCAGACCCCGAAUCAUUUGGAGAGAUAUGUCUCUAACUGUACAACAGUGCGCAAAUGCAAUAGCCCACAGGCGUAGAACUGGCAAACCGAAAGCAAAAGUCAGUUAUUUUGCUUUACAAUUUUAUGGCGAAUGUUGGGCUGGCGAUGAAUCUGUUUCGUAUCGGUACUUUGCUUUUGGUGCCUCAAAACUCUGUUACCAAGGGACUGGAGGAUCUUCAGUCAAUUUUGUUUACCGCUUAUUCACCAACAAAGAAUUAUACUCCAUACCACCUGUAAUCUUCACCGGAUGCUUUCAAUAUUCGAAAAACACCUUGUUGUUUCUCAUUGAGAAUUUCCGUGACGAAAUUGAUUGGAAUGCCGCUGUCAGUGAAGAACAGACAUCACAGAUCGUUUCCAAAUGCGCCAUUGCUGCAAGGAAAAGAGGCUUUAGCGCGUUUGGCUUGAAGAAUAGAGGACAAUGCUGGUCUGGACCUAAGGAUCCCUACAAGACCAUGACAUCUAAUGGAAAAACUGUCUCUGACUGCAAACACGAACUAGGCAGUGCUAGAUCACUAGCAGUUUAUGUCUUUAGAAAAUCAUAAAGAAAGAUUUCAACAGUUGUGUAGUUUUUAGCCCUUCAAAAACUAUGAUAUUCAUUUCAAAAGCAUCGAAUCAAUAUACGAAAUACGAAACUCUUUGCUCAUGAAAAGAAGUACUGUUAAGUACAAUUUGCAAUGUUUCUUUUCCAUUGCUGAGAGUUGUGCGAGAGUAUAUCUUUAUUGACAUAAACAUAUUAUUAUAACACCGCUCAACAAUUCUUUCAAUAGAUUUGUUUCUCUUCAUUCUGCCAAUACCUAUUUCACAAAAAACCCAGGUUCGAUUCUCCUUACAACUUCUCUCUUUUUCUGUCUGAAUUGUUUUCCUAUUUGAUGAAUUGAAGAUCUUUGAAAUCUAAGGUCGGUGUCUGCAUAAUUUCCAACAGACAAAACAGUCCUCGGUCUGAAUUUAAAGAGCAAAAUUUGCUUCGAUGUAUUUUUGUGACACUUGCUUUUCUUUGUUCAUUGUCCUACGCUUGGGCCUUUAAUUCAUAACGUAGCCUUGUCACUCAAUGGCUAAAUUGGUAUUAAUUUUAAGGCGGUACAAAUUUCUUGGGAAAUCAAAUGAAUUUGGAAAAUACAGUUAAAAGUUUGAAUUGUGGUAUGCAAGGGCCCUAGACGCACUGAUUUCUGACACAAACUCAUUAUCUUCGUCAAAGUGGAAAAUCGAGAAUACUUUUUCAAGUUGGACAAAGAUAAUCUGAUUUUUCCGCUUGGAAAUUCAAGCGCGCUGCAGUUCUUGUGUGAAGUUAUUGUUUGCUCUUAGGCUAAUGUAAUGUGGUUUAAUUGCUAAUAAUUUCCGUUUUCCAGAGCUCGUCCUGCUCUGGGGCAGGACGACAGAACUUUUGAGGGAUUAGUGAAUUUGGUUCAGUGGCAAUUUGGGUGGCGGCACUGGAAAAUCAGCAUUUGUUAACUAACAAGCUUAAUCCCUUUUCUCUAUGAACAAUAGAGAUUAAGUGUGCCAGAAGCUCUUCCCGAAAUCUUGUUCGGUAGGUCUAGGAUCAAAAAACAGAAGGAGUUCCAAAAUUGUACUUAAAUGAUAUUCAUUUGGUAAUACAAUUCUUACUGUACUAAUGGCAAAGCCAUAUCAAUAACCAGCGAAUGCCAAAAAAGGAUUCUAAUUUGUUACCUGACAGUGUGUCAUAUUUGUGGUUAGGAGCUUUAUAUUGUAUUAGUGCCAAUGAAAAGAGUGCAUUUUUAAUUCCGUGGAUGAGCAUUGAUGAGAUUGAAAUGUGUACACUUUUUUAUAAGAACUCGCUAUAAAAACGAUAUUGCUGUUGCUAAGUUCUUAUAUCGGGUUCUUCACGGCUCUUGCUAGCAAUAUUAUUCUUAGAAAAUCA